AUGACUCCCGCAACUACCACCACCAGCUCUAGCGCUGGCUUUAGCAAAAUCGGUAGCGUCGGCGGGUUGGCAAGGUCCGUGCUGUUCGAGUCGCAACCUGCAUCGCAGAGACAGCAGCAGGGCGGGGGUGCUGAUGAGGCGGUAACAACAGGUCACGUUUCGUCAAGGACCUCGGAGUCGGCCGUAGGGGCGGUGGAACCCGGCAGUGUUGACAGCAAGAUGGAGGAGACGCUGCAACAGCAACCGUGGGUGCCCGUGGGGGGCUCGUGGAAGGACGAGGAUAACGUGUGUGGGUACUGGAGGUUUAGUGAGGGAGCCGCGGUUGUCGGAGGACUGGAGGAUGGGAAGCAGGUGGAGAUGAAGGACCUGACCAAGUACGGGUCCGCGGCGGUUGCGAGGGGGCAGGGUCUGACGUUCCAGACGACAUCUUCGCCGGUGGACCCCGGUGACAAGGGGAAAGUCGCCGAGGCGGUGGACGUGUGCUUCCCUUCCUUCCCCGACGGGGAGGAGGAUUCGACGCCAUCUGCCGAGGAUCAAGGCCCGGUUCAGGCUCAAGACAGCAGUGACGUCACGAUUGCGGGAGGAUACCGGCGAGGGGUGUUCGUGAGAGCCGUCAGGGGCUCGAGCAUCGACGUCGGGCUUUUCCACGACGACCAGCGGCGCAGCGUGGCUACGGUGGAAGUCUGGGUUAACGCCGGGAAGAAGGCAACACCCACCGGCGAGGAGUACAAUGAAGCCGGGGAAGCUUGUAAUGUCGACAAAUCUCCGGCCGAAGACGAGACUGGAGAAAACAAAGAGGCGUCGCUAGCAGCAGCAGCGGAGGAGGAGCGACGGUUUCGCCAAGGGUUCCACGUGCUGGCGUGCCGUGUGUCGGCGUCGGGUGAACACGUGUGGUCGUUGGUGGUCGAGAACAACGGUCAGGUAGCCUUCAUCCCUGGGCCCGGAGGGCGGCGCGAUUUAGGACCCGGUUUCUCCAACACCGUCGGCGAGGGUGAAGACGGGCACAGCGGUGGAAGCGCCAAGAUUGGGGCUCUGAAGGAAGCUGUCUACACAGAACCGGGGGCUUUUUCGUGGGACAAGUGGACUCACGUUGCGGUGUCAAUGGACACGUCGAGGGACGAGAGCUCGGCAGAAGUCCGGCUGUUUUUGGACGGGCAUAGGGUGGGGUUCGGCACGUGCAGGUUCAACAAGGUACAGCGGUUCUCUCUGUCGGACACGUGGAUGGUGCUCGGCCCAGAUCUGGUGGGGUGGAAGUUGUCAGAGACAAGAGUGUGGGCCAUGCUCAGGGACGAAGAUGCUCUGCAGGCGAGGCUUAUCAUCCGCGCGGCAUCCAAGGCGAAGACUUCAGCCCCGACGUUAAGAAGGGGCCCCGGAGGAACAACUCCCGGGAAGCUUGCGCCUCCCCCCCGUCCCACUCCUGGGACCCCCGUGAGACGGAGGGUGAUGUCGGGGCUAGCUCCUCCCCCGCAGGGUGCCAUUGUGGACCUCGGGCAAGGGGGCAUGGCGCCCCUGCCCGGAUCGGGGACCAAAGAUCCCCGAAAAAGUCGUUCACGUGCAGGUUCGGGCUCCGGGAUUGUGAUCGCUCCACGGUUGAGGCCACCGGACUCACCUUUCAGUCGAGACCCACGAAAAGCUGCUCUGGCCGCUAGGCACACACCUAACAAACCAAAGCAAGAGCAACAACCGGACAUGGAUGCCCUCGCCGCUCCAGCCCCUCCCCUAAACUUCGCGGCGUUUCCUACAACGACGCACGGGGAUGGGUCCGCCGCCCCCUUGUACGCUGGGGAAACCCAGCAGUCCAAUCCGAACGUUGAAGCAGAAGGGGAAGCUGGAGGAGAUGUUAAGGAUAAGGCGUUGGGUUCUCCGGAGACGUCGGUCCCGGUUGUCGGCGAGGUCGCAGAAGGGGCACCGCAGUUGGGAACGUCAGGGUUUGCUUCGUUCCCGGUGGGAGGGACCCCGGCGGAGGUGGCCAUGCCAAUGGCAGGGUUUGCGUCUUUCCCCGACAUGGGGAGUAUUCCAGAAGUCAUUUCCACGCCGACGGUGUCACCUACCGCUGCGUCCUUCACGCACGCGUGGGCGAACUUCGAGGACAACAGAGGAAAUGAAGCAGGUGACACGAAGGAAGCUGAGUCGGACGUGCGAUAUCCCGGCUUGAAGCUUGGCGGUGCGCCCCUCGCGACGCCAACAAAGUCGGACGUUUCUUCGCUGGCGAACACACCCUCUUCGUCGUCGGUGACGGGGAGCACGGUUGCUAUGUUGGUAUCCAAAUUCGGAGGAGGGGGGACGGAGGUCACCGUCAUUCGGGAGGGUGAAGAUCUGCGAACACCCGAUGCCGACAGAUUGACUUCUCAUCUUGGAGCGUUGAGCCCAGUUUCUGCGACUGCUGAAGACGAUGUUGCCGAAGAGAGUGCGUCCGAUCAAGGAGCUAGCACUGCUGGCGGAACGGAGGAAUCCGUUGACGCGGCAGGGUCCAACCCAGUCACUGCGACUGGUGAAUAUGGUGUUGUUGAGGAAGGGUCGACUGACCAAGACGCGAGUACUGCUGGCGGGACGAAUAAUAAGGAAGCCGUUAACCCAGCAACGUUGAGCCCUGUGUCUGCGACUGGUGAAGAUGACGUUGCCGAGGAAGGUGCGACCGUUCAAGAAACGACCAGUGCUAGCGGGAUGGGCAACAAGGAAGCCGUUAACGCAGCAGCGUUGAGCACUGUCUCUGCGACUGGCGAAGACGGUGUUGCCGAGGAAGGUGCGACCGUUCAAGAAACGACGAGUCCUGCCGAAUCGGACAACAAGGAGGCCGUUAACACAGAGGCGAACCCAGUCCCUGCGACUAGUGAAGAUGAUGUUGCCGAGGAAGGUGCGACCGACCAAGAAGCGAGCACUGCUUGUUGGGCGGAUAACAACGAAACCGUUGACCCAGCCGCAGUGCCUCCUGCGGCUACAGACACACAUCUUCAUGGUCAAUCAUGCGCUGCGGAGGCGCACGGAGAUGUGGCCGUUCAAGCAGAGGCCACCACUGUCCCCCCGGGAAAUGAUGAUCCCACACCUGUAGACGAGGGUAGCCCCGUGAUAGCACUCGAGGACGCUGAUCAAACAGAGACCUCGAAGGUGCCAACCUCAGAGUCUACCGAGGCACCAAAGACAGUGUCUUAUUCUGACGGCAGCAUCAAACCCGUUACGGAAACGGGAGAUCCGGCCACUCCAGGAGACCCGGCCACUCCAGGAGAUCCGACCACUCAAGUUGAAGCAAACUUGAAAGAACCGGACGACGACGAGUCCAGGCAAGACGCAACAGGGAUGGGGCCCGUGAAUGUUUGCGACACCGAACAGGCCGACCCGGACAAGCACGAAGAGGAAGAGGAAGGUGGUGCACCUCCUGCACAGGAGGAAGACCAUGCUCAAGUGGUGCCGGGACCUUCCACGCAGGUCUCCCCCCCAUCCAAUCAAGAAGAGGAAGAGGAAGGUAUUGCACCUCCUGCACAGGAGGAAGACCAUGCUCAAGUGGUACCGGGACCUUCCACGCAGGUCUCCCCCCCAUCCAAGCAAGAAGAGGAAGAGGAAGGUGUUGCACCUCCUGCACAGGAGGAAGACCAUACUCAGGUGGUACCGGGACCUUCCACGCAGGUCUCCCCCCCAUCCAAGCAGCAACAGGAGGAAGAGGAAGGUGUUGCAUCUCCUACACAGGAGGAAGACCAUGCUCAGGUGGUGCCGGGACCUUCCACGCAGGCCUCCCCCCCACCCAAGCAGCAAGAGGAAGAGGAAGGUGUUGCACCUCCUGCACAGGAGGAAGACCAUGCUCAAGUGGUACCGGAACCUUCCACGCAGGCCUCCCCCCCAUCCAAGCAGCAAGAGGAAGAGGAAGGUGGUGCAUCUCCUGCACAGGAGGAAGACCAUCCUCAGGUGGUACCGGGACCUUCCACGCAGGUCUCCCCCCCAUCCAAUCAAGAAGAGGAAGAGGAAGGUGGUGUACGUCCUGCACAGGAUGGAGAAGAUACCCAGCAGGUGCCCCUUGCGGAAACUCCCACGCAGGUCUGCCCCCCAUCCGAGGAAGGGGGAGCGACGGGCGGCGGCGGCGAGGGUGACCUGGAAACGUCGGAAACGUCGUCGACGCCGCGUGGCGAUUCAAACGACAACGCGUUGCCCGCGAGCAACGCUGCUGAUACCACGAGUCCGGCAGAUACGGCGGCAUCUUCAGAUGUUGUUGAGCGGGAGCAAGCAACAAGCAGCGAGACCGCCAGUAGCACGCCGAUGUCGGUUUCUUCCGUAGCAAAGAAAAUCGCCCCGGCCGCGGAGAAGACCGCAGCGCUAACACAAGACCCUCGCAAGGUCGGCAGUGUCGAGCAAGCGCCGCCGCCUUCAACAGGUCCAGCUGAGCACGCCGGGGAAACAGACACCCUGAGCACGGGCCACGGUAGCGGUGUCACCAACGCCGAGCCAGAGUCAGGGUUGUCGACAGCGACAACCCCGGAAAACGAAGAGUCGCCGAGCAAGGGCGACGUCAAGGUGGGACCACCACAGUCUCCGACAGCAGCUCCGGAAAAGAUCGAGACUAGCACCCCUGAGUCUGAGGAGUCAAAGGGCACGAUAGCGCCGCCGGCAGCGGCUGCUACUAACGCGGGUGGGGGGGCUGGUGGAGGCGGUACUGAAAUCCGCUCUCUUAUCCUGGCGGGCUCCAAGGGUGUGUUUUCGACGGCGGAGCUAGCUGAGGGGCACGCCAGGUCACCGCUUCUUGGCUCCACGGGCACGGUUAUGAGCUUGGCGUCGUCGCAAAAGAAGGUGGCUACCGUGGCGAUUGUGGACUUGUGGAAUGGGGGGGCCACGACAAGAUAUCCCAUCGGUUGCGUGAGCGCGGUUCUCAGCCCACGAACAGAUGAGCAGGUCAUCGCUUUGCUUUCGGAGCGUGGGAUGCAGGUGUUCAGCGUGACCCACAGGGUUCGCAGGCGACACGUGGUGAUAAAGUCGUCCAGCGUGAGGCUGUGGAAGUGGGUCGACGACGAUGUGAUCGCGAUUGUCACCAAGGAGGAGGUGCUCCGGUGGGAUGUUCGAGGGACUGCCAUGCCGAAGAAGCUUUUCACGCGGAAUCGGCCAUACAGCCCAUCCCCCACCGACGGUGCCAGCAGAGCUUGCGACUACCAGUGCACGGCUGACGGCAGGUGCUAA